CAGACUGUCCUCAGGGUCAGACCAAUCUUGGGGACGGCACGAUCGUGUACUUCAGCCUGCCUCGUGGGCUGUAAAUGUCGUGAGAGGCAAUGAAAAGCGGUUGUUUGCCGCUCAAAUCGUAUAUCACUGAGCCUUGCCGCACGGUAGAGCCCAGCGCACUUUAUACAUGCAGUCCCUGCUGCUGAUUAUACAUCGUGAAAUACACUGCUGAGGGAGAACGGCAUCUAGCUCGAGGAGGCUCGAGGAGGUUUCCACGUGGCGCGUGGCAAGCCGCGCCUACAGGAUUCCAAAGUCCAGCGAAAUCGCAACGACUGUCAACAGCUGAAGACGCCGCAAGAUGCUGACGGGCGAGCUCCAGACGCUCAGCCGCGACCAGAUCGCUUUUCUGAUCGCCCAAGGACAUGUGCUGGUCUUGCACCGACAGCUUGUCUAUCGGUUGAAUGCCUGGCUUGCGCGACAUCCUGGCGGACCCCUUGCGAUUCUGCAUUUUGUCGGCAGAGAUGCUUGCGACGAGAUAGAAGCAUACCAUCCAGAGCCGACGCUCCGAAGGAUGCGUCACUUUGUCGUUGGCAAGGUCGACGCGAGCGAGUACACUGACGAGCUCGGCUGGAAACCACUUGUGCCGCCAGUACAAAGCUUGGCAUGGUCAGGCAAGGCCGAUGCGUACCAGUCAACGCCCACCUUCGCAGCCUCAUUGGCACAGUACGAACGUCGCGGUGCCGGAGACUCCACGCCAGUGCCGCCCCAGCUCGAGCCAGAGGCGCCUCGCAGUUCGAUCAGCCCAGAGCGCGAACACAAGAUCUCGCUAGCCUAUCGCGCUCUCCACGACCAAGUCAUUGCUGCUGGACUAUACGAUCCAAAGCCGCUGAAGAACUAUCGCUGGGAGCUCCUUCGCUACGGCGCAUUGUUUGCCAGCUUUGUCUACUUCUAUACAACCGCGACCGCGACUUGGCAAUAUCUGCUUUCGGCCUUCAGUCUCGGCCUGUUCUGGCAUCAAGUGACCUUUGUCGUGCACGAUGCCGGUCAUAUGGAGAUCACAGGCAGCCACCGAUGGGAUCGUUUGCUGGGCAUCUGCAUCGCCGAUUUCAUUGGCGGCCUGAGUGUCGGAUGGUGGUGCGAUAACCAUGAUGUGCAUCAUAUCGUGACCAACGAUACCCAGCACGAUCCUGAUAUCCAGCAUAUGCCAUUCUUUGCCAUCUCGCCCAACUUUUUCAAGAGCAUGCGGAGCACCUACUACGAUCGUAUCAUGGAAUACGAUGCUCCGGCACGCUUCUUCGUCAGCAUACAGCAUAAACUCUACUUCCUCGUUAUGAUGUUCGGUCGCUUCAAUCUGUUCGCACUUUCGUAUACCUUCUUGGCCACCAAAGCGCCUCGUGGCUUCUAUCGCAAUCUAGAGAUGACCGGAAUCGCAUUCUUCUGGAUCUGGUUCUCACUGCUGCUCAAAGGAAUCCCGACGACCGGUCUACGGAUCGCCUUUGUCAUGGUGGCUUUCGCUACGACAUCACCCUUACAUGUCCAAAUCGUAUUGAGCCACUUUGCAAUGUCUACAGAGGACGUCGGACUGUACGAGAGCUUCGCAAGCCGACAGAUCCGGACUACGAUGGAUGUCGAGUGUCCAGCCUAUCUCGACUUUCUCCAUGGAGGUCUACAUAUGCAAGUCACCCAUCAUCUCUUCCCACGCCUGCCGCGACACAAUCUGCGGGCUGCCAACGCGCUCGUACGUCAGUUCUGCAAGGAUCAAGAUCUGCGAUACCAUAUCUAUACCUUUUCGGAAGGCAACUCGCGCGUAUUGGGCGUCUUGCGAGAUGUCGCCAACCAAGUCGAGGUCAUGACAAAGGUCGCAUCCGCACACGCAAAAGGUGAGAUUGAGCAUUAGACGGCUUGCGCAGGAUUCUGUAUGUCUGUUGUAAUGAUGCGCUUCACUCUGCUAGCAUUCGACGGAUGGCGGUGCUGCCGAUCUUGAGAUUCUUCAAAUCCUCUGCGCUACUGUCGUCA